CCUCUAUGUUUUUAGUCCCGUCGCGAUGUUCAGACUUAGCAAUCGAGUGUCCGCCGCCCUCAGCGGACUGCGCCACGCCUCCGCUUCCGCCGGCGAAGGUCAACGCACCGCCCUCUACGACUUCCACGUGCAAAAAGGCGGCAAAAUCGUCAACUUUGGAGGCUAUGCCCUGCCGGUGCAGUACUCCGACCAGAGCAUCAUCGCCUCCCACCUUUACACCCGCCAGGUUGGCUCUGUCUUCGAUGUAUCCCACAUGCUGCAGACCCGAGUCUUUGGCAAGGAUGCGGCUGCUUGCUUGGAGUCCGUCUGCACUGCGGACAUCCUGGGCACAGUGAAUGGUAGUGGAACCCUUACGGUCUUUACCAACGACCAGGGCGGCAUUCUUGAUGACCUCAUUGUGAACAAAGUCAGCGAAAAGGAGCUCUACGUGGUAUCUAAUGCUGCGAUGAAGGAGCAGGACAUUGGCAUAAUGAGCGAGGCUGUGAAAAAAUUCAAAUCGCAAGGCAAGGAUGUAAGUAUUGAGUUCCUCACGCCCUCGGAUCAAUCCCUACUGGCAGUGCAGGGUCCCCAGGUUGCCAAAGAACUGGCGAAACUUCUGGACAAGAAUGUGAAUCUGGACCAGGUCUACUUUAUGCAAUCGUUUGUCACCACACUGGCUGGUAUCCCCGACGUAAGGAUUACAAGAUGUGGCUACACCGGCGAGGAUGGCGUGGAGAUCUCCGUUAAGUCCAACCAAGUUAAAAACCUAACAGAGGCCCUUCUGGAAAGCGGCAGCUUGAAGCUGGCUGGCCUAGGUGCGAGGGACUCUCUCCGCCUGGAGGCAGGACUAUGCCUUUACGGCAGCGACAUCGACGCAAAGACCACACCAGUGGAGGCGGCUCUCGCCUGGUUGGUGGCGAAGAGACGUCGCAGCGCCCAGGACUUUCCAGGAUCCGAAACGAUUCUCGGCCAGCUUAAGAACGGUGUUAGCCGUCGCCGAGUGGGUCUCCAGAUGUUGGGGCAAAAACCGCCUCCCGCCAGAGCUGGUGUGGCCAUUUUUAGCCAGGGACAGCAGGUAGGACAGGUGACCAGUGGCUGCCCGAGUCCCAGUGCUGGAAAAAACAUAGCCAUGGGUUAUGUUGCGGAGAACCUUAAAGCCCCUGGCACCAAGGUGGAGCUAAAGAUUCGGGAAAAAGUCUACGAAGCCGAGGUUGCAAAAAUGCCCUUUGUAAAAGCCAACUACUACAACAAACCUAAGAAAUAAAUCUCAGAA